AUGGCGAAAACUAGAAUGGACGAAUAUCAUGGCGAUACAAAGAGGAAGAGACAAGAAGAUACUCAAAGAAGAAAGUUUCUGUUUGGAGACAAAGUUGAGGCUAGAAGUGUUGAUGAAGGAUUUAGUGGUUCAUGGCAUUCUGCAAGAGUUAUUGCAUGCGGUCGUCUAUAUUGUCAAGUUGAAUAUGAUAAUCUAUUGGAAGAUGAAGGUACUGGAAAUCUUCUUAAGGAGACGAUUAAAUUCACAGAUUAUUAUUAUGAUGAGGUGAAUUAUCGUGGUUUAAUUAGGCCGAUUCCCAACGAAAUUAAAGUCAUCCGUAGAUUUAGUUUAAAUUAUGGACUUUGUGUUGAUGCAUUAGUUGAUGAUGCAUGGCGGGAAGGUGUAGUUUUCGAUUACGAAGAUGGGAAUUCAGAGAGAUUAGUGUUCUUUCCUGAUUUAGGUGAUGCAGUAAUGAUGAAGAUUCAUGAGCUGAGGGUAACUCAAGAUUGGGAUGAAAUUGGUGAUACUUGGAAAAUUAGAGGGAACUGGAAGUUUCUUGAAUUGAUUGAAGAGUAUGAAGUUGAUAUCCCAGCCAUCGUUUCGGUUAGACAGAUUUGGUAUGAUCUGAGACAAUUGGAUGGGUUUAGGAAUAAGAUUAAGGAGUGGACUUGUGGUGAGAAGUCAGUGUGGGCUGAUUUGGUCAGGGAGUGUAUUUUCAAGAGUUUGCAUAUGACUGCUGAGUAUGUUGUUGGUGUACUUCAGAGUAAAAUGAACAAGGAUGCUAGAAUGUCUUAUUUACUAGAAGAUGGUCAGGGUGUUGUUUCGGAAGAAAAUCCGUUCGCAAUAUCUUUGUAUGAUGAUGAUCCUGUUGUUAAAAAUUUGAGUGAGGAGGAAGAUGAAGAAUACUGUCCAAGUCCGUCCAGGACGAAAAGACGAAAAAUCAGUCAUUCAACUCAUGUGGUUUCAGACUAUCUAGUAGUGAAGGAGUCCAAGCCAGUUCUGCGAGAAGAGUGGUUAACUGCAGGCAAAGAUUUCCUUCCUGAAGCUAAAUUCUGCCCUGAAGCAUUAGAGACUUAUUUAAAAUGUUACCAAAAGGAUGCUUCUGCUGGCAAACGUGAUUUGGUGUUAGAUUGUAGAAUGCAUCUGUCUUAUCUAGGUUGGAAGAUUGAGUAUAGAAGACAUGCAACAUCUGGUACAUUCAUAUUUCGUUACAGACCACUUAAGGGAGCGCCAUUCUAUUCUCUUCGUCUCGCGUGCCAGGCCGUGAUUAGUCUCAAUUCCCAUCCGGUUCCACUCUGCAGAAAGGAUCAAGGCUGUGCUUCUCCUCCUUAUGUGGAUGUUCCUCCGUAUGUGGACUCCGAAUCACUAAUUUGUUCAAACCGGCCUUCUGAAAGUCAUGGAACACCUAUCAUUCAUGGUAAGCUGGAUGUUAUACCUGAAUCUUGGCCUGAACCUUUGAGAAACUAUGUGAUUGCGUGUAGGAAAGAAAAGCAUACGAAGAACAUUAAGCAGCUACGUGAAAUAGCAAAGAAGUACCUCUUUGCUCUUGGUUGGACCAGCAAACCUAUAUUUAAGAAGGAUUUUCGUAAAGAUAUUUUUUAUGUUUCUCCAAGAAAGAAGUCAUACAAUUCUCUCUUGACUGCUUGCGUAGGACAUUGUAGAGGAGAAGAAAUUUCUGACAGUGCGGAUGUAGCGAAAGAAAACAUCGAAGCGAGUCAUAUCCAAGAAAAUAACUCUAGAGAGCAGCUGAAGAGGCAAAGAAACAGUGCAUCCCCUCAUAGUAGCAGUAAUCGUAAGACGAAGAAAGUCAAGGCAUCUCGACUUCAAUUGGACAGUGAGUGUAAAACCCAUGUUCAACAUUCAAGCAAAAGGGCAAGGCAGGAUGUGAUACCAACUUCUGCACAUCGAAGCCCUCGAACUGUGCUCUCUUGGUUGAUUGAAAGUAAUGUUGUUCUGCCAAGGGAAAAAGUACGUUACUUGAGUUUAAAAGACAAUUAUAUACUUGGGCAAGGAAAAAUCAGCGGCAAUGGAAUUAAGUGCAAUUGUUGCCAACAGGUUUUUGGUAUGACAAAUUUUGGACGUCAUGUUGGUAGUACUUGUAUGCGACCAUCUUCCAGGAUUUUCUUGCAAGAUGGAAGGUCGUUACUAGACUGCCAGAAGCAACUACAAGAAAAGAAUCUGACCUGCAUUGCUAAGAAAGUUAAAGGAGAUAUGGUUGACCAGCAGAAUGAUUAUAUAUGCUCAAUUUGUCACUAUGGGGGUACAUUAGUGUUGUGUGAUCAUUGCCCAUCUUCAUUUCAUUUGGAUUGUCUUGGAAUAAAGGAUUUGCCUGACGGAAAAUGGUUCUGCCCAUCUUGUCAAUGCGGAAUAUGUGGCCAAGGCGAGCUUGACGGCGACUCGGAAGAGGCCACUGAAAAGAAAUUUCUGCGCUGUGAUCAAUGCAAUCAGGAAUAUCACGUCGGGUGCGUCAGAAAAAGAGGUUCUGAUAAGCUGGACAGUAACCUCAAACGCAGCUGGUUUUGCAGUAUGAAAUGUGAAAAGUUAUUUGCAGGUCUCAACAAACUUAUCGGACAGUCAGUUCCAGUAGGCGUGGAUAAUUUAUCAUGGAGUAUUUUGAAACCUCCAUCUGACAAGGAGGCUGAUACGGAGCUUCAGAGCAAGCUCAGUGUAGCACUCUCUGUAAUUCAUGAGUGUUUCGAGCCCAUUAAAGAACCAGGUAAAAAGACAGAUCUUGUCGAAGAUGUUCUUUUCAACAACACGUCAAAGCUUAACCGAUUGAACUUUUGGGGAUUUUACACUGUGCUCUUAGAGAGAGAGGAUGAGCUCAUCUCUGUUGCAACAGUUAGGAUACAUAAUGAAAAGGUUGCAGAAGUACCACUUGUUGGUACGCGUGUCCACUAUCGUUAUCAAGGGAUGUGCCGUAUUCUAUUUAAUGUUCUCGAGCAGAAGCUCAAGGAAUUAGAAGUGGAGAGGCUGAUUUUACCUGCCAUUCCUCAAGUGUUACAAACAUGGACUACUUCCUUUGGUUUCUCUAAGAUGACAAGUUCUGAGAGAUCAGAAUUUUUAAAGUACAGUUUCCUGGAUUUCCCGGAUACCACAAUGUGCCAGAAAAUCUUAAGGAUGUCACCUGUAGCGAAACCAACACCAGAACCAACAUAUAGGAACACUAUCAUUCCGGAAGUAGUGCAAGCUGUACAAAUGGAACAGAGUCAAGUUAAAGGGCAACAGCACGUAGAACUUGGCCAUAACAGUGAGCCAUGUAUCAUUAAGAAGUGCUUCUUGGAAGGUUCUAAUGGCAAACAGCAGGAUUAUCCAUGCUCGCAGGGCACAACAAUACCGGAUGAGAAGUCGGUGUUGGUAGUUUACCAUGAAAACCAGCAGAAAAAGUGGGGGGCCUGUGUAAAGUUCUACACGCGAAAGAAACGUAUCAAGUCAUUGUUAGAGCUGACAUAA